AUGAGCUUGCCAGGAGCCCUGAAGACCGGUCUCUUCGAUAAUGUUUGGGUUCAGUUCUAUAACAACCCUCCUUGCCAGUAUACCUCUGGGAAUGUUGGCAAUCUUGAAGAUGCGUGGAAGCAGUGGACCUCCGAUAUUCCUGCUAAGAAGAUUCUUCUAGGACUACCGGCUGCUCCCGAAGCAGCUGGAAGCGGGUUCAUUCCUGCAGCUGAUCUCAUCUCCAAGGUGCUUCCGGCCAUUAAAGGUUCUCCCAAGUAUGGAGGGGUAAUGCUGUGGUCCAAGUACUACGAUGAUCAGUCUGGUUACAGUUCUUCGAUCAAAACCCAUGUCUGA